CUCGGUAUGACUUUUUCCCAGUCCGGUGACCCAACACAACUCGGCGGUCAUGGCCAGUAGUCUGACCCACCACGGCUCCCCGAACCUCGGCUACACGCCCAACAACGUGGUCCCGGUGCCCAUCAUCACGCAGACGGACUCAAGGGACAAAUGGAGCAAAAAGAUGGACUUUCUCCUGUCUGUUGUGGGCUUCGCUGUGGACCUUGGAAAUGUUUGGAGAUUUCCGUACAUAUGUUACCAAAAUGGUGGCGGAGCUUUCCUCAUUCCAUAUAUUCUGAUGGCCAUCUUUGGAGGAGUGCCGCUCUUUUACAUGGAGCUAGCACUGGGACAGUUUCACAGAACCGGCGCCAUAUCCAUAUGGAAACACAUCUGCCCCAUUUUCAAAGGAAUAGGUUAUGCCAUUUGCGUCAUCGCCUUGUACGUGUCCUUCUAUUACAACACCAUCAUCGCCUGGGCCCUCUUCUACUUCUACUCCUCCUUCUCCACCAUCUUGCCAUGGACAAACUGCGACAACGCGUGGAACACUGCCAACUGCACCAACUACUUUGGCAUUGACAACGUCACAUGGACAGAUUCCUCCAGAUCUCCAGCAGAGGAAUUUUACACGAGGAACGUCCUCGAGAUCCACAAGUCGUCAGGCCUAACAAACGUGGGAGGUGUUCGCUGGCAGCUGAUGCUUUGCCUUUUUCUCAUUUUUACCAUUGUUUACUUCAGCCUCUGGAAGGGGGUGAAGACUUCUGGGAAGGUUGUAUGGGUAACCGCCACUCUGCCCUACAUCGUUCUUUUCAUUCUGUUGAUCCGUGGUGCCACUCUGCCAGGAGCUUGGAGAGGAGUGGAGUUUUACCUCAAACCCCAAUGGGACAAGCUACUGGAGACCAGUGUGUGGGUGGAUGCUGCUUCUCAGAUCUUCUUCUCCCUUGGUCCCGGCUUCGGAGUACUCCUGGCACUCUCCAGCUAUAACCCUUUUACUAACAACUGCUAUCGCGACGCCAUUGUGACCAGUUUGGUGAACUGUCUGACCAGCUUCGUGUCAGGGUUUGUGAUCUUUACAGUGCUGGGCUACAUGGCAGAGAUGAGGCAAGUGAAGGUGGAGGAUGUGGCCCGAGAUAAAGGACCCAGUUUACUCUUCAUCACCUACCCCGAGGCCAUCGCCAACAUGAUGGGUUCCACCUUCUUUGCGAUCAUUUUUUUCGUAAUGAUGAUCACUCUGGGACUGGACAGCACGUUCGGUGGGCUGGAGGCGAUCAUCACGGCGGUGUUGGAUGAAUAUCCCGAUCAUUUCUCUCAAAGACGUGAACUUUUUGUCCUUUGCUUGGUGGUGGUCUGCUUUCUGGGUUCUUUGAGUACUCUCACUAAUGGUGGUGCAUACGUGGUGAAGCUGCUGGAGGAGUUCGGGGUCGGAAGCUCCAUCAUUGCCGUGGGAUUCCUUGAGGUUAUUGCAGUUUCCUGGUUCUAUGGUAUCAACAGGUUCAGCAAUGACGUUCAGGCCAUGCUGGGCAAAGCCCCAGGACUCUUUUGGAAGGUGUGCUGGGUUGUGAUCAGUCCAGCCUUUCUCGCGUACAUCAUAGUGAGCUCGCUCGUCAAAGCACCCCAUCUCACCUUGUUCGACUACAAGUACCCGGACUGGAGCAUCACAGUCGGAUACCUCAUUGGCUUGUCAUCCUUCAUGUGGAUCCCCAUCUACAUGGUUUAUAAGCUAGUGUGGACGCCAGGUUCUCUGAAACAGAGGCUGGCAGUGUGUCUGCGGCCAGAGAGAACCAUACCAGACAUCCAUGCCAACAGCCUCAACAUGGCCACCGUCCCGUAACUAACAGCAGACAGUAAAAACACACUUGUCUCUCCUUUCUUUCUUUCUUUCAAGUUUUGUCUGUGACAUUACGACUGUUUGCAGCUCAAGCGGGCUGCUUUUUCUCACUCACCAAGUUUGACUUCCUCUGUGGACAAUUCGGAAUUCAACAUUGAGGGUACAGUGAAGUGCAGCAAUAUGAAUACUCACACCUGCAUGUGUUCAUCUUUGCACAUUAGCCUACUUACUAAAAAUCUCCACACUAACUCUUCCACUGGUGUAUGUUUCACACUGCCAUAAUGUCAGGGGAGAUAACAGCAGUGUCUCUAUGGUAUGGGAACAUACUACUCAAUGUCUUAUAAUAUCAUGUUCAGUUAAAUUCUAUACAAGGAAUUGUGUUCCUUGUGUAAUUUCAUAGGAUUAAGACAAGGCUUUACUUUGGGUGCCUGUUUAAAUAAGGGGUGUCCCAAACCGAUAUUGAAAGUGCUCCGAUUUGAGCAAAAAGACAAAUAUUAAAAACUAUAUCGGCUUGCUUCUAAAAUCUAUGAUAUCGGUGCCGCGAUACAAGCAGUCCUGCAGCGUGUUUGUGCAAAGCUGGACAGCCAGUUAACAUCAAAAUGUCCUCCAAUAAACACGCCAAGUCUGUCUUUUCUUAUAUUUUAGUAAAGUCAUUUGCAAAUUGUAAUCAUGGUAGGCUAUAGGCUACUAGGAGCUAGCAGCUACACAACAGGUAAGCACACAAUAGCACACAAGCUAGACAUAUGUUAUAUGUGUCCUUAAUUAAACAAUAUUGCCCUCUGUCAAUAUAAACAAGUAUUACAUAAUUAUAUUUGCGUAUUACUUACACAUACAAAGUCUCCGAGGCAAAAGCCCACUAGAAAGUAUCCAGUAACAAACGGGUCCCCAUCAUUCAAUUUACUGCGUCAUGAGCUUAUCUUAAUUAAUUAUCGUAGCCACUGCAUGUUGCCAAAAAAAAAAAAUACUCUAUUUCAACUCAAAGAUGACAUAACUCCAUUCCAGACAGUUAAUGAUAAAUAGGUUAUUGUUUUCUGUUUGAGUCAUUGCAGUGGUUCAAACCUUUUCUAACAUUCCACACUACAAAAUAAUAGAUUGUGAUUUGAGCAGUUAUCGUAUGGAUAUUGGCCAAUAGUCAAGGCUCCCAUGUUGUUAUCGUAUCAGAAGUGAAAAAGUUGUGUCGGAAGUGGGACACAAUCUAGUUUAAACACACAAUUUGUGUGGGUUUCUUUUUUUAACAGUAGCUUUUAUGAUAUCAUUCUUUGUAAUACAGUCAGUGUAGGAUUCCUACGCCAGCUUGCUUAAACAAAAACACCUGCCAACCCUUGAAUGUUCUGUAAUACGAUUUUAACACUUUUUUUUAUUGUUAUGUUAAGGUGAUGAGGCUGUAAACGUAAUAACUUUACUGAUCCUAAGGGCAAUUUGGUGGAGAUGUAGAGAUAAGAUGACUGUGCAACUAGAUUGUUUAAAACAUCUUAAAAAAUAGCUUCAGUUGACUUUUAAUAGCCUCUUUUGCCUUAAUCUGCCUAAAUAUGUCAGUGUAUUUACAAAAAUGUUGUAUCGAUAUUGUGCCUCUCCAGACAGUGUUUUUGCUCUAUAACUGAAGACACUCAACAUUGUUUUUUUUUCGUUCAUAAUCUGCAUCUACGAGCGCUUUACGCCAUUUUUUUUUUAAUCCAGUGAGUACUGUGAUGAGAAAAGUGACCAUGGCUGUGUGAGUUAUAAGCUUUCAGUAUUUGUAAAUGUCUGACCUAAUUAUAGUACGAAUUAUAGCUCGUGUCUUUACUCUUUUUCA